AUGCUUGGCGACGCUGAGAUCCAGGCCCUCGAUGAUCACCUGGGUGAUGUCUUGCGUGAAAAUCAGCAGCACCAUGAGAGUCUCCAGAGCCUCUUGCAACAAUUCCAUCUUUUGUUGGAUAACUACAACCGACUGAAAAGCGACUAUGAGGAGGAGAAAGAAGCUCGAGAGAAGUAUAAGAAACUAGCUAGAGGACAAGAGCGUAAUCCAUUUGUGCUGGUAUUGGUGGAUGGCGAUGGCUACCUUUUCAAGGAACACCUGAUGAGAGAAGGAGCAGAAGGAGGGACGAAAGCAGCUCAACUUCUGAAUGAUUCUAUCAAAGAGCUUCUUAAUGACCAACUCGGAAGCCAGGCGGACCAAUGUCGAAUUAUGGUUCGCAUAUAUAGCAACAUUCUAGGACUUUCGAAAACCUUGGCCCGCGCCGGUCUAGUUGGCAACGAGGCGCGGUCCCUCUCACCGUUUGCAUCCAGCUUUACUCGUUCUCAGGAUUUGUUCGAUUAUAUUGACGCCGGCGACAAGAAGGAAGGUGCAGAUUAUAAGAUCAGAGAGAUGUUUCGCUUGUUUGUGGACAAUAAUCAGUGCAAGCGCAUUUUCUUCGCUGGCUGUCACGACGCUGGUUAUCUGUCCUUGCUGACCCCCUACCGUGGCAAGACUGAUCGUAUCACCCUAAUCAAAGCCGCCUCCUUCCACCCCGAGUAUGACAAGCUGGACCUACCAGUGAAGGAGAUUUCUGCCGUAUUCACAUCCACUUCCGUGUCGCCGCCUGUGGGCGGAAACAAUGGUAUCUGCCGAUAUGGCAAGGACUGCGCAAAGCUCCACGUAAUGCCAAAUCAACAAUUCCCGAAAUCGCUGUAUGAUCCUCUAACACAGCCGGCGAACUUAACCUUCAAACCACGGGAACAAGGAUACUAUGCCCGUUUUCUUCCCAGGGCAAACUCAAAAUCCCAGGAAUCUAUCGCAAUCAAUAAGGAUGGGGAGCGAAUCGACACCUACUGUCCCAUGCCAUCUCAAGAAGAAUGGGAGUUGUAUAACCAACGCGUCAAACGGCACAAACUCUGCAACAAAUACCACCUUGGAGGGGAAUGUGGGAACCUGAGUUGCGAGUUUGACCACAGUCCAAUUGAACUGGCUUGUCUCAAUGUUUUGAUGUAUCUCAUGCGACAGCACAUCUGCCCAAGGGGCACAGGUUGUCGUUCGAUUAAAUGUUACCUUGGUCACCUUUGUCAGAAGGAUAACUGCAAAGGUGUUAAACCUUGCAAAUUCAAUCAACUUCCACAGGAUGGUCGAACGACUGACAUCAUUUUGCAGCCCGUACCUAGCCAUGAUCCUAACGACCCCUUGAACUGGCCAACAUGGCGUAAGCAUCUUAAUUUCGGCUUGGUCUCCUACUAUGUCAUAAUGGUUUUCGCAAUAAUCGACGUGGCCACUGUCACCUGGGGCCCAUUAAAUGAGGAGCUGGGUUUCAGCUUUGAACUCCUAAAUGAUAGCUACGCCGCAGGGUGCGGAUCUCUUUGUAUCGGCGGCGUGAUUCUAAUGCCCUUCGCUCUCAAAUACGGUCGCCGACCUGUCUAUGUGUUCAGCACUAUCGCUCAAUGUGCCUUCUGUGUUUGGCAAGCGAAAAUGCACACGGUCGCCGAUCUUAUGUCGGCCAAUAUACUGAGCUCUAUGGUUGGGGCUCUCGCAGAAGUGCUCGUGCAAAUGACGGUGGCUGAUGUCUACUUCGUUCACCAACGCGGACUCAUGAACAGCAUUUAUGUCUGGUUCAUGACGAUCGGGGCUACGCUGUCCCCCCUGGCUGGUGGGUAUAUUGUUACCUCGCAAGGCUGGCGCUGGGUCUGGUGGUGGAUGGUCAUUCUGAUGGGCGCCGGUCUUGUUGCCUUCGUCUUCCUCUACGAGGAAACGAAAUUCUCUCCGACCCUCGAGGGUGUUCCACCCGUUGUUGCUCCCACUCAAAUAAACCCAUCCCCCAAAGGUGAAGACAAGAAGUCGCCGACUGACACAGAAAUAGAGGCCAAUAUAGCACAUAAAGAGGGAGAGAUUCAAGGGUCUCGUGCGACCCACUGGAUCGAUCAUUCAAUCCCAGCGAAGCCUUACUGGAAAAAGCUGGCUUUAUGGUCAAUAUCCUCGGGGUCGUUUGCCAGCAUGGCCCGACACAGCAUUGAACCUUUUAUUCUUCUUUUUACCGUCCCGGCCAUUUUUUUCAUGUCCGUCGUUUACGGAGCCAUGACGGCCGCCGUCACUGUUUCGGUGACUACGCUCUCAUCGUACAUGACCCAGCCACCAUACAAUUUCAACGCCUCGCAAAUCGGCCUCAUGGGACUUCCUCCAUUCAUUGGUACCAGCAUCGCAGUUCUGAUAUCCGGACGACUCAGCGAUUCGCUUGUUCUCUAUCUAGCAAAAAGAAACCGAGGCGUGUUCGAGCCUGAAAUGAGACUCUGGAUUACAGUUGCGUUCAUACCAUUCGUGCCGGCCGGUCUCUUCAUGUUCGGCAUUGGACUAAACAACGGAUCUUCUUGGCCACUGGUGGCCGUUGGAUUGGGCAUCGCCAUCUUCGGAACUAUUCCGGCUAACAGUGUCGCCCUGACGUAUCUUACAGAUGCAUACACAGAUGUAAUCGCCGACUCCCUCGUCGGAGUGACCUUCAUCCGCAACCUCAUCUCGACGAUCUUCGUCUUCGCUCUGACCCCAUGGAUCGCGAGUGUCGGGCUGAGGGGCUUUUACAUAACCUUCGGCCUUAUCCUCACUGUAAUCCUGUCUGGACAUCUGGUCUUCAUCUACUUUGGAAAGAGAUUCCGGGUUAUGACGACGAAGAGAUAUCGAUACUAUGCCGAACGGCAGAUGGAUCUCAGGAACUAA